CCGGCCUCGUCGGACGGCUCGCAUAAGUCUGUGCACCAAUGCAAAACAGCUCGCAAUUUGGCCGGCACAGACGGCCAAAGCGGCGGCACCAGAGCAAGCGCUGCAUACCUGCGAGCCGUUCGAUAUAGACUGGGCGCGGUGCUGUUGCAAAAGCCACCAGUAAGGGGCCAGAGAGCGCACCACCUAGGACCACAGCCAGCACUCUCAACCAGAAAGACGCGGCGCGAGAAAUGCUGCGCCAAACCGCACGCCUCGCCGCGCGCCGCCGCGCCACGACGACGCGCGCCAUGAGCACGGAGUACGCCUUCGACGAGCCGAAGACCACCAGCAAUUGGCCGCGCACGAAGGCCAACACGCUGAUUAAUGUGGUACCGCAGGGCGAGGCCCACGUCGUCGAGCGGGCCCGCCAGCCUUAUGAUGUGAAGGGCCCGGGCUACUGGGUCGGCGUGCCCGGGUUAGAUGCCAUCGCUGCGGUCGUUGACACGCGGGAACAAACCAUCGUCGUGCCCGCGCCGCCCGAGUGUCUGAGCCGCGACGGCGUCGGUGUGGAUGCGGCGGCGACGGCGAACGUGUGUAUUGUAGAUGCGGAGAAGGCGCGGCAUGCGUCGGACGACCCCGCGCAAAAAUUAGCCGAGUUGGCCGGCUUGCUGGUGCAAAAAGAAGUCGCUGCGCUCUCGACCGACGAAUUGGCGACGAAGCGCUCAGCGGUCGAAGCGGCGGUGAAGCACCAGCUCUCCAACGAUUCAGCACCGGCGUCGUGGGGCCUGGAGGUGAGGAACUUCACGCUCGCGGCGCUGACGGCGCGCAACGACGAGGAGCGGGCCCAGGCCCAGGCCGCGUUGGCGGAGAAGCAGGCCCAGGCCGCCGCUUCCGUGCAACGCGUCGAAAUGGCUAGGGAAGCAGCUCGGCGCGACGCGGCCUACGCGCACGAAGCGGCGACGCGGGAAACGCGCAUCCUCGCGGACCGCGUCGUGGCCCUGGCCGAGGCCGAGGCCAAGGCCACGAAGGUCCGCGCCGCGGCCAUGGCCGACGCCAUUUUAGUGGUGGCGCAGGCGUGCGGGUCGGCCGAGGUCGCGGCUGAUGUGGUUGCGCGGACGAGCGCCGCGGCGCUGGCGCGGCCCGUGUCGUCUAUUGAUAAGGCGUCACCUGCGGUGCCCGUGGCCGAGGAGGUCGAGAAGGCGCCCGCGCCGCCGCCGCCGGCCGCGCAGCCCGCGCCCGAGCAUCCCGUGUCCUACUUUCCGCCGAGCGACCGGCCGGUGGCGGCAUCUGGGUAACAUUCUUAAGCACAA